GCUUGAAUGCACCCGUGUUGCUAAACAGCGUUCUGCACUUUGGUCGUGCUGCUGUUAUUCUGCGCGUGUUACAAGUUGAAGUUAUGGAGGAACUCACAGGAGCGCAGCUUAUUGCUGAAGCACUGAAGGCUCAGAAUGUGGAGUACAUGUUUGGCAUCGUUGGCGUUCCUGUCAUUGAGGUUGCCAUGGCAGCCCAGGCUGUUGGCAUCAAGUAUGUGGGCAUGCGCAAUGAACAAGCGGCCUGUUAUGCUGCGUCUGCAGUUGGAUAUUUAACUGGACAUCCUGCAGUGUGCCUAGUGGUGUCUGGACCUGGGCUGAUCCAUGCACUUGGCGGAAUGGCCAAUGCUAACAUGAACUGCUGGCCUGUGGUAGUCAUCGGAGGCUCCUCAGAUCAGAAUCAGGAGACAACUGGAGCAUUUCAAGAAUUUCCACAGGUAGAAACCUGUCGCCUUUACAGCAAGUUUUCAGCUCGACCAGGCAGCCUUGUUAUGAUACCAGCUGUAGUUGAAAAGGCAGUAAGGAGCAGUAUGUAUGGUCGUCCAGGAGCAUGCUAUAUAGACAUCCCUGGCAACAUGGUAAAUGCAAAAGUGGACCAGAAAACCGUCAGGUUCCCAUCCUGUUGUCCUCCUCCUCCAGUGAGCCUGGCCAGCAAUCUUGAGAUCUCCAAAGCUGUCACGGUGAUCAAACAGGCCCAGAGACCACUGCUCAUCGUUGGCAAAGGUGCGGCAUACGGCCGGGCAGAGAACGAAAUUAAAGAGCUAGUGGAGUUAAGUGGGUUGCCCUUCCUGCCUACUCCCAUGGGAAAAGGAGUACUUCCUGAUGACCAUCCCAACUGUGUGGCUGCAGCACGCUCCAGAGCUCUGCUGCAGGCAGAUGUGAUUGUGCUGCUGGGUGCUAGACUAAACUGGAUCCUGCACUUUGGCUUUCCUCCCAGAUUUAGCCCUGAUGUGAAACUUAUUCAGGUGGAUAUAUGUGCAGAGGAGCUUAGUAAUAAUGUGAGAGCUACAGCAGCACUCCUGGGAGAUGUCAGGGCUGUGGUCAGCCAGCUGGUAGAUGUUUUGAGAUCAGACACAUGGACAUAUCCAACAGACACAGUGUGGUGGACAAACCUGAGAGAAAAAAUAGCUUCCAAUGCUCAGAUAUCAAAGGCUCUUUCUCUACAAAAUUCUUUGCCCAUGAACUACUACACAGCAUUCCACCACAUCGCUGAACUUCUACCCAAAGACUGUGUCAUUGUCAGCGAAGGAGCCAAUACCAUGGACAUUGGUCGCACCAUGCUGCUCAACUACUUCCCCAGGCGCAGGCUGGAUGCAGGGACAUUUGGCACCAUGGGAGUGGGACCUGGUUUUGCCAUUGCCGCAGCAGUACUGGAAAAGGCCCAGCACACUGGCAGAAGAGUGGUAUGUGUGGAGGGAGACAGUGCGUUUGGCCUUUCAGGCAUGGAGGUUGAGACCAUGUGCAGGUAUAAGCUGCCAGUCAUCAUCAUUGUCAUCAACAACAAUGGCAUAUAUAGUGGUGUAGAUAAAGAGACUUGGAGAGAAAUGGAGAAGAUGGGAGACAUGACCAUUAUAGCUCCUCCUGUGACACUCCUGCCUGAGGCACGUUAUGAGCAGGUAAUGUGUGCAUUCGGGGGACACGGAUAUCUGGUCAGGACCGUAGAGGAACUGCGUACUGCCCUACAGCAGAGCUUGAGGGAGACAGCUACAGCAAGCUUAAUUAACGUGCUCAUAGACCCGGCCUCAGACCGAAAGCAACAGGAGUUCCCCUGGCUGACCCGCCCCAAUCUGUAAGAAGAGGAGAAGGAAGAAGAGUUAAGCUGGAAUCUGUUCCCUUUUUGCUAUGAUGGACAGUAGUCAUCUCCCUCCUAACUAAUGACUCACCCACUGCCUUGAUGUUUUAUAAUAAUGAAAAGCACAAAUUGUAUUAUAAUAGGACAUGGCAGAAGCACACGAUGAUUAAACAACGCUCUUCUAAACAGAACUCCCCCAUCCUAUACCUUACAUAUUGGCAUCAAUUACUAGGUGUUUUCUAAUUAGUGGCAUUUUUUAUAAUGAGGCACUUUUUUCAGCCUGACCUUUGGUUAACCUGUGAUUUAUUGAAUUAUUGAUCAGUUACCUCAUUAUGGAAUAUAGAAAUAACCACAAUUGACUCAGCUAACAUUAGUUUAAAAAUGGGGAAAAUCCAGGCGCAGCAGUUUGUAAAUGGUUUAAUAUUUUUCACACAACGAAUCCAUCCCAUGGAGGAUGAGUUGAAUGAACGAGGUGUUAAAUGCUCGACCCUCUGUGUUGUGUUCCUCUUGGACCGUAGGCCGAUGCCCCUGUUUAAAAGGACCGGUAGUAAAUCACACAGAAGUAGUCCCAUGACUGAAUUUUUGUUUUGUAAACAUUUGGAAAUAUGCAUUUGUACAAAUUGCAGAUCAACCCUGGUGUACUUGUCUUUAUAAAGACAAUAAUAAGAAAAUGUUGAAACCACAGGACUUGGGUUGUUUUAGGAGAAUAUAUGUAUGGUAAAUGUAUGCGAAAGUGUCAGAUGUGGUUUGAUGUUCAAGGUAAAAGGACUGGAAAGGGUUCUGGUUUAGCUCAGUUCAGAUUCCAGUUAAUGAAAGCCUUCCUGUCCUUUGCUUCUCCCGUACGACAAAGACCAUUACCUCACUGUUUUAGCUCAGCAAUAAAGCUAAGAGACUCUCAGUCCUGCAAACAGCUCUCAGGAGGCCAAGAAUCACAUCACGUAAAAUGACCAAGUUUUUUUUCUGGAGUGAUUCCCUGAACUGUUUCUACAGUUAUAAUUAUGGAAGUCGGACAUGAUAUGUACUUUUAAAUUUGACCUCAUUAUUCCAUGGUCUGCCAUUCCAAUGACAUUUUGAAUAAUAUAGAUGUACAGUUUCCUCUCAUCUAUACGUGGGUGCAUGCAGGUGCUCCUAAUGCCACUGUGUGCUCUGUGGGAUGUGCUGUAAAUUUAAUGUGAUUACUAAAAUGCACUGUCUGUAUGUUUCUUAUGUUGAUGAAUUGGCACCUGUAGUGAAUUGCAUUAAGCAUGUUUUAUCCCAACUGCAGGGCUUAAGUGGCCCUUUGCUUAAUUGCCAUGUCGUUAAUUCCCGAGGGAAAGAAAAGGCCAGUAUGUGUCUACCGCACUGGGUGAUCGAGUCAGUGUAAAGGAUGACUAAGAGGCAGGAUCUUUCUGAAUUCUGCUGUUUGUAAUUUAUUCAGAUAUUAUAUGUAUGUACUAAACUACAGACAACUGUGACUCAGGUCAUGAUUUUAAUCCAGAUGUGACCUUUCUGCUAAGGUGUGUGUUUACUAUAUACAGUAUUGGGAUGCCAACAGUAAAGACCCUGUACACAUGA